AUGUCCACCACAACCUCAUCCGUCAGCGCAACCAGCACAGCCUGCGGCAGCGGCGUCUGGCAGAUCCCUACGACGGAUGCUGCCUGCGCAGCCGUCAUCCGCGGUAAUGUCACCGAUGUCAUGGACCAAUGCUGCGACGAUGCCUCAACCCACAAGUACGAUAAUGACUGCGCAAUCUACUGUCUCGCCCAAGGCCAAGAUGUUGGCAAGCUUCAGACCUGCAUCACCAGCAAGAGCGGCAACUUCAACGAUGUUUUCUGCAAUGCAGGCCUCAACGCGACGGCCACCUCCACCGGCACCAAGUCUACCUCCACCGGCACAAGCACCAGCACCAGCAGCACUGGUACUUCAACCUCAACCGACAACGCCGCCAUUGUGAACCAGCCCAUCUCGAAGUCGGGCCUUGGUCUGGUCGCGCUCCUGUUCAGCUCCGCCUUCAUGGCUGUUCUCUCUUGA